UCCUCCUCUCCGGCUGGCUCCUGACCCCGCCUGCGCCCUCCCCUACCCGGGCUCUUCCCGCCGCCUCACCCGGCCCGCCCGUCUGCCUUUCCAGUCUGGCCGGCGGGGGCUGCACGCUGGGCGGCUCAGGCCGUGGGACCGUGGUCACUCCCUUACCAGAAAUUCUUGGCUGGUAAUCGCGAAGCCAAUGGGGAGCAAGAGCUGGGAGAACUGGAGAAAACCGCUCUAAUCUGACUUGAUUCUGGCAAGAAGUGGACCCUGCGUCAUAAUAACCAGCAUUUGCAAAGCGGUCUCAGAGCAACUUUCCUGGAACAUCAAAAGUUGACUCCAGCCUCCCUGCCCCACUGACUACUGACGGUACUAAGAUAGGACAUUUCUGUGUGCUGGAGAGGAUAGGGCACGAGGCAUCUCUGUCUUCCGGUGUCCUCAUCCUGCAUGGCACGCUGACUCAGAAGAUUUGCAGCCCCACCUCACACCCCGUAGUAAAACUGGCCCUGAAGGAGCCCAGGGCGCCUCUGGAGGCUCCUGCUCUAGGGUGAUUCGUCUCAGAGACUUCUCAAGAACUGAGCCCUUUGCAGGACUCAUGCCCCAGCCUGUGCCCCCAUGACCAGGUGGAUAGCACUCCUUGUGCCUGCGACCCAGAACCCUGGCUGACCACAUUGAAGCAGGAUGCUCCAGCAGGUUAAUGGCCACAGUUCAGGCUCUGAUGCCCAUGGCGGGGAAUCCCUCAGAGAAGAUUUGCAGGAGUUCCUGGGCGGGGAGGCCCCGCUGCACCAGCUGGAUGACCUCACCAAGGUGAAUCCUGUGACGCUGGAGACAGAGUUUGCUAAAGCCACCUCUGCCUCAGUCCUGAGGUGUCUGCAGGCCCGGUACAUGGCAGACACGUUCUACACCAGCGCUGGCUGCACCCUGGUGGCUCUGAACCCCUUCAAGCCCAUCCCUCAGCUCUAUUCACCAGAGCUGAUGCAAGAGUACCACGCUGCUCCUCAGCCCCAGAAACUGAAGCCCCACAUCUUCACUGUGGGUGAACAGACCUACAGGAAUGUCAAGAGUCUGAUGGAGCCAGUCAACCAGUCUAUUGUCGUCAGUGGAGAGAGUGGUGCCGGGAAGACAUGGACGUCCCGCUGCCUUAUGAAGUUCUACGCUGUGGUGGCCGCGUCACCCACAUCCUGGGAAAAUCACAAGAUUGCAGAGAGGAUCGAACAGCGAAUCUUGAACUCCAACCCUGUCAUGGAAGCUUUCGGGAACGCGUGCACACUGAGGAAUAACAACAGUAGCCGCUUUGGGAAGUUCAUCCAGCUCCAGCUGAACAGCCUGCUUGUACCCAGGGCCCAGCAGAUGACUGGAGCUGCAGUUCAGACCUACUUGCUAGAGAAGACUCGAGUGGCCUGUCAGGCCUCCAAUGAGAGGAACUUCCACAUCUUCUAUCAGAUCUGCAAAGGAGCCAGUGCGGACGAGAGGCUCCAGUGGCACCUCCCUGAGGGAGCCGCCUUCUCCUGGCUGCCCAACCCAGAGAGGACCUUGGAAGAGGAUUGUUUCGAGGUGACCAGGGAGGCCAUGCUUCAUUUGGGCAUCGAUGCCCCCACCCAGAACAACAUCUUUCAGGCCCUAGCUGGACUGCUGCACCUCGGCAACACCCGGUUCGCUGACUCCGGGAACGAAGCCCAGCCCUGCCCCCUGAUGGAUGACGCUAAGUGCUCUGUCAGGACAUCGGCCUCACUGCUGCGGCUCCCAGAAGACCCUCUGCUGGAGACACUGCGGAUUCGAACCAUCAGGGCAGGCAGGCAGCAGCAGGUGUUCCAGAAGCCCUGCUCCCGGGCCGAGUGUGACACCCGCAGAGACUGUCUGGCCAAACUGGUCUAUGCACGGCUGUUUGACUGGCUGGUAUCGGUGAUCAACAGCAGCAUCUGUGCGGACCCCGGCUCCUGGACCACUUUCAUAGGCCUGCUGGACGUGUACGGGUUUGAGUCGUUCCCCACCAACAGUCUGGAACAGUUGUGCAUCAACUACGCCAACGAGAAGCUGCAGCAGCACUUCGUGGCUCACUACCUCAGGGCCCAGCAGGAGGAGUACACAGCUGAGGGCCUGGAGUGGUCGACUGUCAGCUACCAGGACAACCAGACCUGUUUGGAUCUCAUCGAGGGGAGCCCCGUCAGCAUCUGCUCCCUCAUAAACGAGGAAUGCCGCCUUAAUCGGCCAAGCAGUGCAGCCCAGCUCCAGACACGCAUUGAGAGUGCGCUGGCAGGCAGCCCCUGCCUGGGCCACGACAAGCUCAGCCGGGAGCCCAGCUUCAUCGUGGUGCAUUAUGCGGGGUGUGUGCGCUACCACACCGCAGGCCUGGUGGAGAAGAACAAGGACCCCAUCCCCCCUGAGCUGACCAGGCUCCUGCAGCAGUCCCAGGACCCCCUGCUCAAAGUGCUGUUUCCUGCUGACCCUGAGGAGAAGUCCCAGGAGGAGCCCUCUGGCCAGAGCAGGGCCCCUGUGUUGACCGUGGUGUCCAAGUUCAAGGCCUCCCUGGAGCAGCUUCUGCAGGUCUUGCAUAGCACCACACCCCACUACAUUCGCUGCAUCAAGCCCAACAGCCAGGGCCAGGCGCAGAUGUUCCACCAGGAGGAGGUCCUGAGCCAGCUGGAGGCCUGUGGCCUCGUGGAGACCAUCCACAUCAGUGCCGCCGGCUUCCCCAUCCGGGUCUCUCACCAGAACUUCCUGAAGCGGUAUGAGUUACUGAGAAGGCUCCGUCCUGGCACAGCCCCCAGCCCCCAUGGCCCACCUCCAGAUGAAGGGCGCUCAGAAUGGUCUCCACACUCCGAGCAGGCCACGCUGCAAGCCCUCCUCCAGGACAUCCUCCACACUCUGCCAGCCCUGGCUCAGGCACCAGCUGAGGCCAUGCUGGCCCCAGUGCACUGUGGCAGGACCAGGGUGUUCAUGACUGACUCCACGCUGGAGCUUCUGGAACGUGGGCGUGCCCAGGUGCUGGAGCAGUGUGCCCGCAGCAUCCAGGGUGGCUGGAGGCGACACUGGGGCCGCAAGCAGGAGAGGCAGAGGCGGGCCGCCGUGCUCAUCCAGGCAGCUGUUCGUUCCUGGUUGACUCGGAAGCACAUCCAGAGGCUGCACGCAGCUGCCACGGUCAUCAAACGCGCAUGGCAGGAGUGGAGAAUUAGAAUGGCCUUCCUGGCUUCUAAAGAACUGGAUGGUGUGGAAGAACAACACUCGUCUCAAGUCACCUGUUCCCCGAGUUCCUUGCCACUGCCCCAGGCACAGACCAGGCUCCUGGGGGCAGUAACCCGCUUCUGGCCCCUGGGACUGGUCCUGGCCAACGCCGCCGUGGGUGCUCGUGGCUUCCGGAGGAAGCUGGUGGUCUUCGCCUGCCUCCCGCUCCCCGUGGGCAGCCCCAGCAGCUACACUGUCCAGACAGCACAAGAACAAGCUGGAGUCACGUCCAUCCGAGCGCUGCCUCAGGGUUCGAUAAAGUUUCACUGCAGGAAGUCUCCACUGCGCUAUGCUGACAUCUGCCCUGAACCUUCGCCCAACAGUGUUACUGGCUUUAAUCAGAUCCUGCUGGAAAGACACAGGCUGGGCCACGUGUGAUCUCUCCUCACAUUCCAUCCUCACCUGGCUGGGCCCUCCCUGGUGCCUUUGUUUCUCCACGGCCUUUUCCUGCCAGCUGCCUUGCCAAAGACAUCUAAUCAACACACAGCUGCCAAACAACUCCCACAGCGACUCGGAGCACACGUCGGGAGCCGUGGCUCCAGCCUGCAGGCCAGGCCGGGGCGGCAGCUGCACCAGUGGCCCGGGGCGCCGAUCUACGCCUCCAGCCCUGACAGGUGUCAGGGCUGGUAGCUACCAAACCUGGAUUAAGAAACUUUAGGGCCUUCACAGAACCCACUCGGUGGUGCUGGACAGCAGGCACCCCCUCCUCCAACCCCAAAGGCAAAGUCAGCUUGAAAUGAGCUCUAAAAUUUUGGCUGAAAUUUUGCCUUUUAGUUCCUUUAAAAGGAACAAAGCUUACUAUUUAAAUAUUUGUUGUUUAAUGUAAUUUCAAGCAACUAGAUUAUGAAUCAAGAAUGACAAGCAAUGCAAUGCACCACAGAACCACCACACUUCAAUUUUGAAACACUGAUCAAGUUUUAACUCAAAUGGGUGUGAAAACCAUAUCAUUUAUGUCUUAAUUGUACCGAAAAUAAAACAUUUAAAAACAA